AUGAGGCUGCGUAUGGAGCCGGCGGCGGCGGCCGUACCGGGCAACCUCUCCCGCGGCGGCGGAGGCAAUGAGAGCGGCGGCGCGGCGGCGGCAGCGGGGGCCACGGCGGGGUGGUCUGCGGCGGCGCUGGCCUCGCAGGCUCUGGCGCUGCUGCUCAUCUUCGCCCUCUCGGCUCUGGGCAACGGGGCUGUGGUGCUGGUGAUCGCCCGGCACCGUCAGCUUCGCACGGUCACCAAUGCCUUCGUGCUGUCGCUGUCGCUGUCGGAGCUGCUGGGCGCCCUGCUCUGCCUGCCCCUGGCUUUCCUCAGUCUGCUCAGCCGCCCUCCCGGCGCCUGGCUUUUCGGCCAGCGCCUCUGCCUGGCCAGCGCCGCCCUCCACGCCGGGCUGGGCAUCGCCGCCACCCUCACCAUGGCCCUCCUCUCCUUCGACCGCUACUGCGCCAUCGUCCGCCAGCCCCGACACAAGAUGGGCCGCCGUCGUGCCGCUCAGCUCCUGGCUGCUGUCUGGCUAGUUGCCCUGGCCCUGGCCGGACCCUGGUACGGGCUGGCAGGUGAGGGGCAGCGGGAGGCCCGGUCCGGAGCCUACCGCUGUGUCUACGUGCUGCCUUGGGGCUCCUCCCGGCUGGGGCCACCCUACGGUGCAGCCCUCAUCAUCCUCUGCUACCUCCUGCCCUUCGCCCUCAUGUGCUUCUGUCACUACAACAUCUGCCGGGCAGUGCGGCUGGCCGAGAGCCGCGUGCGGCCCCUCACAACCUAUGGGAACCUGCUGCGGGCCUACGGGGAGAUGCGCACAGCCACCACUGUCCUCAUCAUGAUCGUCUCCAUCAUCUGCUGCUGGGGUCCUUACUGCAUCCUGGGGCUGGCCGCGGCCGCUGGCCACCUGCCCUUCUCGCCCACCAUGGACGCCGUAGCCAGUGGGAUGGCCUGGGCCAACGGAGCAAUCAACCCCCUCAUCUAUGCCGCCCGCAACCCCAACAUCUCUGUGCUGCUGCGGCGCAGCCGUGAGGGUGGCUACAGGACUAGGAACAAUGUGGCAGCCUACCUCUCGGUGCCAGGUCGCCUGCCAUUGUCCAGAAGCCAGGCUGACCGUGUCCGGGAGCGCUACAUCAACCGGCACAGUGGCCCCCCAGGCAGUGCCCCAUCCUCUUCCAGCCCAGGGAGUGGGGGAGAGGUGGCCAUGUGGGCCUGCAAGAACCCUGCUGUACUCUUCUGUCGGGAUGGGCAACCGGACACCAUCUCCGAGGCCGCCUUGCAGGCCAAAACAGACACUGUUGAUACCAGCCUCUGA